AUGUUCUCGCUCAAGCGUGGGGAGGAUGAGAUCGGUGACGAGGGUGUGUCACCAGCAGAACUGGAAUGGGCUCUAGCAGCGCACAAGUUGACUGCGAUAAAAGGAGUUAAUCUCCCAUGUGCCGUUCAGGAACUACUAGUGGCUAGCAGCACAGCGACAACUGUAUCAUCAGCGAUAGCAUCUCAGUUGGAGGAACCGUUAAACUUGAAGACUCCGAGUGUUCGACUGAGUAUGACUGUUGAGCUCGAAGGCAUCGGGCUGAGCCUUAUAGAUUCAACUCCUGAGGAGUUACUGUAUUUCAAAACACUACUGCAUACGAAGACAUCUAAUUCUACUCGACAUCGCGCUGAGGAUCUGCUACCUAUCUCGCCUGAGCCGAGCUUCCAGGUUGGUGUAGUUCUCAUGGCGGGAAAUGAGUGGAGGAACAUACGGGAGAUCCGCAGUCUCAAUGUGACCCUGCAACCGUUGGUGAUCAAUGUUGAUCAGAAAUCAUUCGUUCGAAUGCUGAGGUUUAUGAUGGAGUUAUACAGCCUAUUCGAAAUCGUGCCGGCCAGUGUGGCGCGAUAUGUGGCCUCGGUGCGAACUGCGGGGGAAACAGAUGAGCAGACCGUCCUGGGAAGGUCCACUGCAAGGACGUCUGCUAAUUCGUCUAUGGUGGCAUAUCAUAAUAUGUUGGGUACGCCGGAAUUUGAUGCGAGUCAGAGAGCACCAGCUGACAGUAAAGUUUAUAUUCAAACUUUCACGUUGGACCCGGUGAGGGUCAACCUAUCGCUGCAUACGAAGAGUUCGCGGGGUAGGCAGGGAGGAAAGGACGACGAUGUGGCCUUGGUGCGGUUGAUGAACGCCGCCUUUGAGAACGUCCCGAAGGUGUCGAAUUCCCCCAUGAGAUUUAAGGCAAUCACAAACGAACACUCAUUUGCUACACCAGCGGAACUCGCAUCGGACAUAGCCAGCUUUUACGUGCGGGAAGGUAUGAUGCAAUUUCUGAAAAUCAUCGGCUCCAUCGACGUCCUCGGCAAUCCUGUGACCUUCCUCAAUCGGGUCGGCGAUCGAAUAGUAGAUUUACUCAGAGAUUCAACUGAUGCCACCUCUCGAGGUGACUCACAUUCUCUCACUACGUCUCUAGGUCGCGGAGUUAAAUCGAUUGGUGCUGGAGUGGUCGGAGGACUGUUCGACUCGUUGUCGAGAAUGACCAGUGGCUUACAUGCUAGUGCUGAUGCUAUUAUAAUCUACCUACAGUGGAUAUGGAUUGGAGAGGAAGAACUGAGUGAUCGACGUGGGUGUGAUAUGACGUGUUAUGAAGACACAAUUGAGUGGUUUGAGGCUCUCCAGCUCCCCUAG